CCGACUUGGUCCCCGGCGCAGUCCCCUACCCACGACUCAUCUUCCCUACAGCAGCAGCAGCUCCCUCCCCCGAAACCCCCGCGACGACGCGAGGCGGAGAUCCCUAGAUCGACGGAGAUGGCGCCGGUGGGGCUAUCCCUCGCGGCGGCUCUCGUGCUCGCCGCCGCGUCUCUCUGCGCGGAGGCGGUGUGGCUCGAUUUGCCGCAAGCGGGGACCAAGUGCGUGUCGGAGGAGAUCCAGGCCAACGUGGUGGUGCUCGCGGACUACUCCCUCAUGUACGAGUCUCACCCCUCCUCCCACCCCACCCUCGCCGUCAAGGUUACUUCACCAUAUGGGAACACCUUACAUGAAAAUGGAAAUGCUACAGUUGGUCAAUUUGCAUUUACGACCACGGAAGCUGGAAACUUCCUUGCUUGCUUCUGGAUAGAUAGUGCAGAGAAAGGAUCAGGAAUAUCUGUAAAUCUUGAUUGGAAAACCGGGAUUGCAACGAAGGACUGGGAUGCUAUUGCCAAGAAGGACAAAAUUGAGGGUGUAGAACUAGAGCUAAGGAAGCUUGAAGUGGCAGUAGAGUCCAUUCAUCAGAACAUGAUAUAUCUCAAAGCAAGGGAAGCUGAGAUGCGAGCAGUGAGCGAGAAAACAAAUGGCAGGGUCGCUUGGUUCAGUAUUUUCUCACUGGGUGUCUGCAUCGUGGUUUCAGUUUUGCAGUUGUGGCACCUUCAAGGGUAUUUCAGGAAGAAGAAGCUCAUAUAGAUUAAACUCAUUUGACGCCACGCUGUAACCCGAAGUUUGUUAGCCUUGGGAAAAAAGAAAGAUAUCUUGCCAUGUUUAGGAACAUUUCACACUAGUGGAGAAUUUCACAACUUGUACUGUAUGUAACUUAAUCACGAUCCAUUUCACCUCUGUGUUGUGCAUUAUGGAGACAGGCCUGAAAUCUCUAUUUCAGAUAUUGAUCGUGGUAGAACGGCAAAAUUAGUGUA